CCAUGUUAUGUUUACUCUACAUAGACACACGUCUCCAGCUAUUCCUGAUACUGACAGCGAUACAAAUUAUUACAGCAUAAGAUAAGUUCAACGAAGGCGGUUUCACCAGAAAGGUAGGCUUUCAAGGAUGGGAACAUGCUGUAGUACAGCCGGUGUGGAACAAAAUUACCUGAAUAUCCCUAUGUCGUCAGGGGUCCAAGGAAGGGACAGCGGAGCGGUGACGGAUCUGGAGACGCUGUUCAAGUCCUGGGCUUGGGAAAACUACUUGAGAAGUGCAACAGGGAAGAAACUCAAAUUUCGAGAAGCUCAGAUACAGCUUGUCUGGGAUCAUGUCAAGUUCAAGUCGGAGAAGCCGGUGUAUACCCAGAUUGACACCCCCACCCCCGGGGCCAGCCAGGGCGUUCCCAACACCGAGACCCAGGCAGUCUUCACAUCAAGGUACCAGAACGACACAGGAGUGUCACAGACGCAUGCCUUCAGAGCCGAGAAGACUACAAGUGCUACUAUAACAACAGCCGUAACUAAAGGGUUCGCAAAGGAAGGCAGCUUCGGUCUAGAGUUGUCUCUGCCUGCUGACGUCGCCAAGGCAACGAUUGGUUUUGGUCUCAACUACACCGUGGAAACUGCCGAGGAGAAUACCAUCGAAAAGUCCAUGACGUGGUCCACAGACACAACGGUGACGUCAGAACCGAACUCGGUCACUCUGGCAGAGCUUGAGAUUGAGGAACAAACCUCGAACUGGACAUUCGAGGUCAAGGUCAUGAUCAAAGGACGGAUAACUGCAAUUAUCAAGGGUACCAAGGGUAUAACAUCUGUUGCCAUGACGAUUGAUGGGGAUGUCGCAACUAUACUUGCAGAUCGACGAGAACGAGCUGCAACAUCUUUGCCCACAAAUGUUGAAAUAAAACAUGGCAAGGUCACGUGGCCUGUGAUGGGGAAAUGUGACUUCCGGUUUGGCGUGUCCCAGAAAGUGAAAGUCUCGCCUGGAAAACAAAUAGAUAAAAAAGAGAAAUGAUUUUCAGAAACUGAAUAGUUUUAAACCGUCACACAAGUGUGUAAUACUAUGAAGUUUAUAGAGUGAUACUGUUAUAUCAUUGACUGUAGUUAGUAAUGGCCUAUAGUAGCUUUAGACAAACUUAUAACCAAACAAAAUCAACAUUUUACAUAAUGAUAUGUGCUAGUUAUGUUACUUGCCUUCAAUAUCAAUGACUAGUGACCGUAAUUACCUGUAAUAAUAUAUAUAUUCAAUAUAAAAUUUAAACAAUUAGAAUAGAACGCUUUUAAUAACCACACUAUUUACUCUAGUUAGAAUUAUUUCUCUCUUGGUUCCGGAAUUCAUCCAAGCUCCACGAAUGCUGUUUCGUGUCCUAUAUUUUCAAGUUAAACGUAAUGGUCUAGUGGUACUUGAGAUGCAAAUGAAAAUGAAUUGAAUAUAAAGCAAUAAUUUUAGCCGUCUAAAAAUACAACAACAUAAGGGAAAAAAACUGAUUCGCUCAUAUUGCCUGCCAAUUCCACUUCCGGUUGCCCAAUUCGCCCCGUCCGUGGAACUAAAUACUGUCCAAUAACAUGUUUAUGUUUCAUGUGGUUGUAUUUUUUCGUCGGAAAGAUGUGCAAUAAGCAAAAAUAAGAAAACGAUUUUUAUAGUGAUGUAUGACAAAUUUCCCUGGAAGCUCCUUCCGAACGUUCGCGUGUUGUUUGCAUGUCUUAUUAUUCAUAAAUUAGGUUAUUAAUACAUGUCGCAUGUGCCUUGGUAACGCUGAAGAAAUUAUCAAAUCGGUUUUUUUUAUUUAUUGUCAUCAAGGUCAUUUUAAUGUAAGUAGAUGAGCAAUAAAAUAUGGGGUACACGUA